CAUCGAACCCCGCCCACACUUCAUCCUCCCACGUUCAACGCGCGACCUCUUUAGUCUAAUAUCGACGCGAUGUGGGAAUAGCGCGACACCGCUUCUGUGUAUGGCCGCCGCGAUAGAGCUCCCGACCCGCAACGGAACGCAACCUCGGAGACAGCAAGGAGGACAGAUAGUGGCGGAGAGUGUAAGUAAAAGUAUACAUUGUGCUUUUAAGUGACUGGCAAAACGCCAUGAGGGAGCGCGAUACCCCUCAAGCAGCCUGCGGUGGCUGCGUACGAACGCGCAACGAACUUAUAUGCGCCAGGGUCACUUGUCUCCUCUCUCGACCAGUUUUGCUGACAUUGUAUUCGCAGACGACCUUUCCAAGUAAUGCGAACUACAGUUGCUCAGUGUACGAGUAGAGAUGGAGCCCGGUGUCUUCAAGUCUAUUGGUCCGGUGAAGGGCCUGAAGGUAUCAAUAGCCAACUGCCUGCCGCCAUCUGGACCGUACUUUGACGAGUAUACCCUCGGAAACCAUUUCGAGGAAGCCAUGUUCGACGUGCACGCCAACGGCGAGAUCUGCGUGUGUAUUGUUUGUUGGGGGGCCAAGCAUGAAGAUACCCACAAGAGGUCUAGGAAGAACUGUCGGGUUUGCAAGACGAAUGACCAUCUGGGGCAGACUUGUGGCCAAAUAUACGUGACAAUGGCCCGGUGGAGGGCUCGGGGCUACAAUGUGGUCAAGACAAUGCGCGUACGUCCCAACGUCAAGGAGUUGGUGUACCUCGUCGCAGUUGGAGUCGUGCACAGCUUCAAAAAGCUUACGGACGUCAUCGUUCUGAACGACAAUCAUCCGCUCGUGCGAGAGCUUUACCGAACGACCUCGAUGCCGCAAUAUUCGCCGGGAAAAAUCGUCUGGCCCAAGCCGAAAAGGCUUCAGGGGCAGUCAAGGUUAGGUGUUCUGAAGCAGCAUGUCAGUGCAGCUGCGGAAGGUGUUGCACCUUCAGAUCUGGACUCCACCCACAGCGUACACCCCGCUCGCGAUCCCCGCCUUAUGGCUCGACGCGUGGUGGUCGAAGUGGAGGAGGUACUUCGUGGUGACAUCGUUUCCAUCACCAAUCAACCAGUCACACAUGAGCCUGCAGAUAGCGUCGGAGAAGUGAGCACCUCUGUUCAAGAGUCUCCUCAUCAGUCUGAGCGAAUCCGCUUUCUAGAAGCCGAGAAUAGGCGCCUAGCCGGAGCACUUGAGCGAGCUCUCGCGGAGCUGGUUGCGAAAGACGAUUGGAUUGCUGAGUUGACGGGUGACGGCGUUUCAACAGGCACAAAGAGGCCCAGGAUCUAGGAAGUGGACGCUUGCGGCGAUGGAUGGUAGGUAUGAGUCGAAUCUAAGGCGAUGUGUCGUCACUUUCGCGAGUUAGAUAGCUAAAGCAUUGAUACUCGCGACAACAGUUUUGGAGCGGAUUCAAACAUAUACUAUAGCACUACUAGACACUCGUGAUACAUGCACAGUGACUAAGUUAUACAAGCGUGAAACCUCUGGUAGAACUUCUCGUACUCUGAAACGAUUGUCUCCGCGUGGCAAUAAUUAAUACAAGAAAAAAGGAAUUGACU